UUCCGCGGGGCAUGUGGACAGUUUGCAACGUGAGGGUUCGUGAUUGCGUGGCCGCCGCUUCCGCCACUUUGCGCCGGUUUCUGAAAUCGGGGGCGGCCAUGGCAAAGAGCAAAUUUGAGUACGUACGCGACUUUGAGGCCGACGACACCUGCUUGGCCCACUGUUGGGUGGUGGUGCGGCUGGACGGCAGAAACUUCCAUCGGUUUGCUGAGAAGCACAACUUUUCCAAACCUAAUGACAGCCGUGCUCUACACCUGAUGACCAGAUGUGCCCAAACUGUAAUGGAAGAACUGGAGGACAUUGUCAUUGCCUACGGACAGAGCGAUGAGUACAGCUUUGUGUUCAAGAGGAAAAGCAAUUGGUUUAAAAGAAGAGCCAGUAAGUUCAUGACUCAUGUGGCCUCCCAGUUCGCCUCCAGCUAUGUGUUUUAUUGGCGGGAUUACUUUGAGGAUCAGCCUCUUCUGUAUCCCCCAGGCUUUGAUGGAAGAGUUGUCGUGUAUCCUAGCAACCAGACCUUAAAGGACUACCUCAGCUGGCGCCAAGCCGAUUGUCACAUCAAUAAUCUUUACAAUACAGUGUUCUGGGCACUUGUACAGCAGUCUGGACUAACCCCAGUGCAAGCCCAGGGGCGGUUACAGGGAACUCUUGCAGCAGACAAGAAUGAGAUUUUGUUUUCUGAAUUCAACAUCAACUACAAUAAUGAGCCGAUGAUGUACAGGAAAGGGACUGUACUGAUAUGGCAGAAGGUGGAUGAAGUCAUGACAAAAGAAAUUAAACUGCCAGCAGAAAUGGAAGGAAAAAAGAUGGCAGUGACCCGGACUCGGACUAAGCCAGUGCCCUUGCACUGUGACAUCAUUGGGGAUGCUUUCUGGAAGGAACAUCCAGAGAUUCUAGAUGAAGACAGCUGACCCUUGGCUUUUCAGUCCUGGUGUGAUUAACCAUUUGAGGCCCAAGUCUCCUGGCAUUAGGUGGCCCUGGACUCUCCGCCACCCAGAGCAGUGUGCUGGGAGGGAACCAGGGAAGGAAGGGCGGCGCGGGGUGGUGUGUCUCAUUUGCUUUGAGUAGACACCUUCCUUGCUGUGUUGGAACAUGGGUCCUUCAGCAGAAGUGCAUUUUUAGAAAAUCUUGGUACUAUUUUUAUAAAGCACGAACUGUU